AUGACGAGCAAAGCAGUUUUAAUUCAAAAUCAGAAUUGCGUGGCGCUGUUUGAUACGGGCAGCAAGUUCUACAUUUUGCGCGAAGACUUAUACAAGCAGUUAGCUUUGCCAAGGUUGAAAGAGUGCAGUGUAUAUCUAAUUGGAUUUGGAAAAGAUCGCAAUGACAAUAAGAUCAAGCCGAUUGGACAGUUUUUGGGAAUUAACUACGACGUAGAAAAUUUGCAGCUGCACAUUUUUCGCAAUCUGCAGUUUGGCAAACUUCUCUUUUUCAACGAAGUGGACGAUUCAGAGAACGAGGAAACCGACGAAGAGAAGGAAAAUGACGAAGACAGCCAAAAUGAUGAUGAAAUUAGAAGUGUAAUUUCAACAGGAGUAGAAAUACCUUCUACAGGCGAAAGGAAGAGAAAGUCAAAUUCGCAACGAAUCAAGGAAGUUGAUAUGUCGCGUUUUUCUCUAAGAUUUCGAGACAUAGAAGAGUCAAUUAAACAUUUUGAUGGGAGUGAUGAAAUUUCAGUUGAGGUAUGGAUAAGCGACUUUGAAGAUCAAGCCUUACUUAUGGGUUGGAAUGCGCUACAAAAGCUUAUCUUCGGCAAAAAGUCACUUAAAGGUGUCGCUAAGAUGUUUAUAUUGAGAGAGGUAUUAAAUUCGUGGAAUGUAUUAAAGGAGUCUUUGCUAAAUGAGUUCAAGUCGAGAGUAAGCAGCAAACAAAUACAUAUGCAACUAGGAGAGAGCAAACGACGUGCAAACGAAAAUGUGCAAGAAUACUUUUAUCGCAUGAAAGAUAUUGCAUCCCGAGGAAAUGUUGAGGAAGAAGCUCUUAUUCAAUAUGUGAUCGACGGUAUCGACGAACUUUCUUUAAAUAAAUCAAUUCUGUAUGGUGCUAAAAACAUGAACGAAUUCAAGUACAAAUUGAAGGACUACCAAACAAUAAGUGCAAGAUCGAAAGUUCUGGAAGGAAGUGUGAAAGACAAAAACGCUUUUGCAGCAAAAAGUGGUUCAAAAGGUGGCGAAAAAGAAGUCGUUUGCUACAACUGUGGUGAAAAGGGACAUAUUUCUGGUGGCUGCAGUAACAAAGAAAAAGGAAGAAAGUAUUUUAAGUGCAACAAAUUUGGACACAUUUACAAGAAUUGUCCACAAGGUGAAAAGGCAGUCGAAGAAAGCAAGCCCAACGCGCGAGUUUUAAGUGAGCACAGUGACAUGACGAGCAAAGCAGUUUCAAUUCAAAAUCAGAAUUGCGUGGCGCUGUUUUAUGCGGGCAGCAAGUUCUACAUUUUGCGCGAAGACUUAUACAAGCAGUUAGGUUUGCCAAGGUUGAAAGAGUGCAGUGUAUAUCUAAUUGGAUUUGGAAAAGAUCGCAAUGCCAAUAAGAUCAAGCCGAUUGGACAGUGUAAGCAAGCAGUAUCGAUUGACAACAGUGUUUAUGACUUGAACUUCUUCAUAGUUCCGUGUGAUUUUAUGGACACUCGUUUGAUAAUAGGGGAAGAACUGUGCUUGCAAGCAGAAGAUUCGUUCAGUCCAAAUGGUUUGCGUGUGCGAAAGUUGUACAAUCUUGACGAAUAUGAAUUGGAAUCCAAUUUAAUGCAAACCGAAGCAGUGCUUGACAACGAAGAACUCGAUAUUAAUCAAUCAGCCAGUGAGUAUGCAAGGAAAGAGGUGCGUGAACUUAUAGCGAAGUACAUUCCUAAACCAUCAAAGUCAACAAACAUUGAAAUGAAAAUAAUUUUAAACGACGAAACCCCAAUUUUUUCGCGUCCGCGUAGAUUUGCAUUCGCUGAAACGAAAGUAAUUGACGAUCAGAUCGAGCAGUGGCUCUCAAACAGAGUAAUCGAAGAGUCCGACUCUGAAUUUACAAGCCCGGUAGUGCUGGCUAAGAAAAACGACGGUUCCCAACGACUUUGUGUGGAUUUCAGGCGUCUCAACAAGGUAAUAAUAAAAGACCAUUUACCGUUGCCCCUGAUUGACGACCAGCUUGAUCGCUUACAAGAGGCUAUGAUGUUCAGCACGAUUGACUUGAGGAAUGGCUUUUUUCAUGUGCCAGUAGCCGAUUCCAGCAAGAAGUACACCUCAUUCCUCGCAGAGGAAUCGCUCUCCCUUACGUUGACGAUAUCAUUAUACCAGCAAAGGACGAAAAGGAGGCUGUAUCGAACCUCAAAGAAGUAA